AUAUUUAUGACUGCAAUAAAUAAUGACUGCUUAAAAAGGACUCAACUGAGAGCUGUCAACAAUCUCUUCUAAAAAGGCAGAAGUCAAAAAAAGGAAAUUCACUCACAUGGACACAGACUGUUAAAACUGCAAAGUCAGACUGAAAAUGAAUGAAAUCCUGAAUGAGACCCUGGGGCUGUACAGCAGCACAGUCCCUUCAAACUUCAGUCUCCUCUCACCAGCAUUUGCAAACAGCACCACUACUUUGCAGUUACCCCAUUCUGUAGCACUAGACAAAGCCAUAAAUAUUGUCACUAUCAUCAUCCUCUUCAUCACCAUGGUGUCCUUGGGUUGCACCAUGGAAAUUCCCAAGAUCAAGGCCUACAUGAUGAAGCCGAGGGAGGUGCUCCUUGCUGUGUUGACGCAGUAUGGCAUUAUGCCACUCACGGCCUUCCUCAUGGCCAAGGUCUUCCAGCUCAGCCCUUUGGAGGCUGUGACUGUGCUGAUCUGUGGCUGCUCUCCAGGCGGAAACCUGUCCAACAUCCUGGCCUGGGCUUUUCAAGGUGAUAUGAACCUCAGCAUUGUGAUGACCACCUGCUCAACCGCACUGGCCCUGGGCAUGAUGCCACUACUCCUGUACCUGUACUGCAAGGGGAUCCCAGAUAUACAGAAUGCUGUGCCCUUCAUGGGUAUCUUCAUUGCCCUGCUCAUGACACUUCUGCCAUGUGCCAUUGGCAUCGCCAUCAACCACAGAUUUCCUCGCUUCUCACAUAUCAUCACAAAGAUGGGAAUGGGCAUCCUGCUGGUCUCUGCAGUGAUAAUCGCCAUCCUCAUUGGCAUGACAAUCGGAAGCGAGAUAAUGCUAAUAAUGACGCCCCCACUGAUAGCCACAGCGUCUUUGAUGCCUCUCACUGGAUAUGUACUCGGCUAUCUGCUGUCCACAGCCUUCAGGUUCAGUGGCCCAUGCAGAAGAACAGUUUCUAUGGAAACUGGCUGUCAGAAUAUCCAGCUUUGUGCCACCAUCCUGAAGGUUGCUUUUCCCCCAGAGACCAUUGGCCCUCUCUACCUCUUCCCGUUACUCUACAACUUCUUUCAGGCUGGAGAGCCUCUGCUGUUUGCUGUCCUCCUCAGGUGUCACCAGAAAUUUUCUGUCCCAGUGGAGGCUGUGAAGCCAGAAGAGAAACACGAGUACCUGUCUGUGGACAGACAGGAGGAGACGGGACCAUAGAUCUAAUGGGAGAUGCUUGGACGUGCCAAAGUGGUUUUCAGGAAGCUCAUUUAAUACUGAAGUUUGCAUCUGUACAUUAUCUUCCAUAAUAAGGCUGCUUGGAUGGACACUGUGCUUGUAGGGCUCUACUGCCCUCUAGGAAACUCAGCAAGUCUCGACUAAGAAAACAAAACAGUUCAGCUGGCUCCAGGAUGUGCGUCUUUGCUGAAACUGAAAUUACUGUCAUCACUUGGGGCCACUGCUCGUUGCACAAAUAUAUAUGCAUUUGCAUAGUAAAUUCCUGAAAUUUUCAUACAGGGAAUCUUAGGAAUGUGUAUGUACACACUUCUGGGCAAAUAAAAACCCAAAACUGCAAAACACUGAGCUUUGAAUGAUUUCAACAGCAAGCAGCGAGAAAAAAUUGGAAAAUUUUAAACACUCAGACCCCAGACAUGUGUCAGCUUGAAUUUUAUAUCAAACAUAUAAAAUAUAAAUAGUGGCCCAGGUCACAGGAGUGUGUUUUAGUUCUUGCUAAUUAUCUGACCAAUGAUUUGUUGAGACCAUUAAAAGCUUAAUACUGGGCAAUUGCUCAGCAUUAAUAACAA